ACAUUUUUGUUAUGACAUUUCUCAUCCUUGCACGUGCACUGCUACUAAAAAAAGAAAUAAAUAAAAACUGAAAAACUUUUCGAUGCAGUCUCAAAGAUUUUUUAUUGGAAAUUUACCAGCCGGUACAAGUGAAAAUGAAGUUAAAAAUGCAUUUAAAGAUUUUGGCGAUGUAACAAGUGUUGAACUUAAGGCAAAAGAAAGUUUAGUUGAUCCUGGCAAUGUAAAACUUUUAGCUUUUAUUACGUUAAAUCUUUACGAUGGCGAUGUUGAUUUUUGUAUAAGAAAAGUUAACUCGAAAAAAAUAAAUGGUGAAAAUGUACGAGUUUCUGUGGCAAAAGAAAGUUUCUUGGAACGUCUCAAACGAGAACGAGAAGAAAAUACAAAAACCAAAUCCAAAACUACCAACAAUAACUUUGAACUUAAACAGCCAUUCGCUCAGAGCCAAAAUAACUCGAAAAAGGUAUUCAACAUCGACGAUGUCGCCGAGGCUGAUGAUACAAAUGAUAAUCCAUUCGAUGAUGGUGAACCCACAUUGAUUACAAAGAAAAGAGCUGCUAAUUCUAUGCGAAAUGGAAAGAUUGUCAUCGAAAGUACCAACUGUAGCCCUAUCACUGUAAUAGGGAAGAAAAAAGAGACAAAGAUUCUUAGCGAGAAGUCAUUCGACUCCGACAAAAAACGUAAAGAAUCGGUCAACAAGAAGAAGAACCAGUAUCAACUACAAAAGUCAUUGAUUCAAAAAUCUCUAGCAUCUGUGGACAAUUCUAAAAAUAAACAAAUCUUCUUCGACAACGAUGAUGAAGAAAAAGACGAAGAGAAACCUUCAAAUGGAAAAAAACUAUUUGAAGAUGACUCAGACCAAGAGGAUGAUUCCAAUGCUAAUGCCUUCGCCGUGAAGCCUGAAUACGAGGGAUCUCGUGGGGCUGCUCUUAUGAAACUGCAAUCAAAAAUGAGUUUGGAUCCUCGUUUUAAAAUUGACAGCAAGUUUGUUGACAAAAUCGACGAUGAAGAUGAACCUCCCGUUGUAAAUGAAAAUAGUGAAAGAGAUUGGCAAUAUGGGAUCUUGGAGCAAGUUGUGGGUAGCAAAGUAUCCAAUACUUCCCAAGCCAAAGGUCAUGGAAAGACCAAAUUGAAUAUGUUGCGUUAUGAUCCAUCCAAAGAAAAUCAAGAACAUUUCUUGGUCCAACCUAAAACUGCUGAGCCAAUGGAUGAAGAUGAUGAAAAUAUUAUUCCCCAGCCUGAAGAGAAGAAAGUAUCAAAAGAAGUUUUCUACAUGGUCAGUGAUAAUCUAACGAACUCUUUGAAAACAAGAGGAGAUGGGUUCAGUUUACUCAGUAUGUUUGGACGAGGCUCAGAUGAGAAUGAACUAAAUGAAGAACGAUCAUCAAAAGAAAAAAUUCUGAUAAGUAAAACCGACAAAACUGGUGCAUUGAAUCCUUUUUCAUAUGAUUCAUCCUCUGAAUCGGAAAAUGAACAAGAAGGCAAAACACAGCAUGAAAGUGAGGAGGGACAAAAGAAGAAAAGCAAAGAAACGAAAGAUGACAAUAAAGCGAAAUUGUAUGUUGAAUCGUUUUUCAUUCCAAGGAACGAUGUUAGAUUAAAAGAAGGCAAAUCAUUUUUCCGAACGAAUAAGCAGUCAGAGAAGAUUGAAAACUAUGACGAAGUUAAAGAUAAACUUAAAAAUAUAAUUAACAGAAAGAUAACCAGAUCGAAGAAACAACUUAAAGGCAUAGGAAAACAGAAGUCGAUACGUGGAAGAUAGGAAUAAUAAAUUGUUAAUACAUUUUUUAUAUUUUAUUUUAAAAAAAAUUAAAAGUACCGUAAUAAUUGAAAAG